AACGGUUUGAAAACGAAAGCGAAGGAAGACGAGAAGAAAGGAAAUAUCCUGAGUAAAAACGUACCCACCCCAGAGUUGUCAUGCAGAUUUGCCAUGACAGGAACAUUUGUGAUGCGCAACCCCAUGACAGGCAUUUUCAAUCGUCUUUGGGAACUUGUAAUGCUGUAAACAGGAUCCGAAGGUCGAUUUGUGAUGCGGCUUUCCUUGCUAACUUGCACUACCUUACGGACUGAAACUUGUCAUGCGUGACACACAAAACUCCUAGGUUUGUGUUGCAAAUCCCCAUCCUGACUCUGGUGUGGGUACGUUUUUACUCAGGAUAGGAAAAAGCCGUCGUGCAAGUAGAGAUCGUGGGGCAGCAUCUUCAUCUUCAGGCGCUGGUGCUGCUGCUGCUGCUGCACUUGGGAAUAAUUCCGAAGAAAGCGGCGGUUCUAGUACUAGUGGUCCCCAUGGAGGCCGCGACCAGGGUGGUUCUCCCGGCGCGCUGUCCCACCGGGCGCCAGUCCCGUUAACGAAGCAGAUGCAGCUCCCGCUGAUGCAAACGCCGAAGGCGGUCAUGGAGGUUUUCAGCUUUGGCGACAAUUUCAAAUCGGUGCCGACAGAGGAUGUAUUACAAUGAAAAAUGCCCCCACGACCCCCACAGUUGCAAAAAUUUUUUAUGCGAAGUUUCCAAAUCAAAACUUUUUGUCAUGCAUGAAAGGAGUGUGAAUUACCUCUCUGAUGAAGGGUCUAGGCGUGUAUCGCACCGCUUGCAUGACAGGCGCCGCUCUUGCUGGGAUCUUUUGCAAUACAAAUGUUGACUAUUCACAAUUGAAGUAGAUCUGUGAUGCUGAUAGACGCAAGAGGGCGAGUGUCUCACUUGGAAAGGUUUGCAAUACAAAUGCUCCACCCAAGUUGGGGAGUGGGGGCAUUUUUCAUUGUAAUAGGAUGGGCAGGAGAUUCUGACGAUGCAAGACAGGACGAUUCCAGUCAUGCUCCGCCGAAUACCGAAGAUGUACUAUUUCACCCAGCCGCAACCACCUCGGGUGGAGCAGGCGAGGGCUUCCAACAACCCGCAAGACGACCGGGGCAGAGGCCGGCGGCGAAGUAACAGGAGGGGCGGGGAGGAAAGCCAAGGCGCCGUAGCCGUGCAAUCGCCUGCAUCCCCUCCCCAGCCCCACCCUACUCCGGAGUUGCCUGCGCAGAUUUCCUAUUACCGGCAAAAAACCCCGUCAUUGCGGUUUUUCUCCGAAGCGGAACUGUUCGGAGUAAGUCAGGAUGCGGAUGUGAAUAUGCAGCGGCUGCUGAUAAACCGGCUUUUUUCGAUUUACGAUCUAACGGGGAUUUGGGAAAAAGUGCAGCUCCAAUUCGACGAAGAAGAUGUAGAGGAAGAUCUCCCGGAAAAAAUGAAGAAACUCACGGUUGUAUCAUAUGGAAAAACGUCCCCACGUCCCGCCCAGAGGUGUCAUGCAGAAUUGCAUCUAUAGGAAGAUUUGUAUGCUAGGCGUUCGCGUUGGGUUGCCCGGUCGGCAGAGCCGAUUCACUGAUGAUGAUGAUGAUGAUGAUGGAUCUCCAUGAGAGGCAAACUUUUUUCAGUUUCGGAAUCUGUGAUGCUGUCAACAGUAAAUAAGCUGAUUGCUUUGUGAUGCUGCCUAUCAUUGUUAACGUGCACUACACUACAGAUGAAAUAAACUUGGCAUGCGUGGCUCCCUCAGCUUCUGGAUUUGUGUUGCGCACUUCCCAACUUGACUCUGGGGCGGGGAGUUUUUUCAACAGGAUACGUUGGCUUCCGGAUAUUCGGGGACCGGGUGAUUGGCCUCAAGCGGGGGAAGGAGCUGCAGGUGGACCAAACCGUGGAAGACCGGCAACAGCAGGAAGCGUUGGCCUGCACGCUGAAGGGCGAAGCUUGCGUCACUGGGACGAGCAGCAGCGUGGAUAAUUCUUGUCACAGUACGAGCUACUGCCAAGGUGUGCUGGAAUUUAAGGAGCUCGAGGAACCGAUGCAGCAACCGGGGGGUGCCGGUGGUGCUUUUGGAGGCGGGGAACAAGUAGCACAACGACCCCAGCACGUCGGCAACGAGCAGCAGCCCCCGCCCGGCUAUGUUGACCCGCUAACGGAGGACUCCUUGCCGCGGAAACGGUACGCGAUUUCUAUGUUCGUUUCCGGUAACGAGGGGAUCAAGGUGCCCAUCUGGUACUCCCCCGCUGCCCCCUGCUUCAUGUUCGUCGGGGGGGCAUUGUUCCUCCG